CUUACUACAAUAGCAACAGUCAAAUUUGUCCUGAGGAACUUUUCUACUUUUCAUUUAAAAUCAUUAUCUUACACUACUAAUUCAUUAUUUAAAACUGAUCGUUAUUGUGGAGGAGAAACAUUUAUCGUGAGUGUUUGAGUUUGUCUUUAAGUUUGACUUCACAAAGUUUCCUCAUUAAACCCACCCCUUUCUGAACAGACACAAAAGGAACGGAAACAUUGUGAUUUCAUUCUGUUUCUGACACGAUGGAUCUGCGAGUCUCUGUCGUACUUCUUUUCUUUUUUCUCACUGGAGGAUAUUCUCUCCAGUGUUACUUGUGCAUACCUGAUUUGACGGGUUCCUGUGAAGCAACAACAACAGUGCAGACAUGUGAAGCUGGAUAUACCCAAUGUUCAAGCACUACAAUGGAACAAACAGUUGGUUCCACUAAAAUGUCCGUCACAACUAAAGGAUGUGCAAAGGAAUGUCACCGUGCGACUGGACAGACACCAGAGGGACUGACAGUGUCUCUCCAGUGCUGUGACACUAACCUUUGCAAUGCAGCAGAUGGAGUGUUUAAGGGAAGCUUCCUCCUGCUCUUCUCUCCUCUGCUCUUCUACUUCCUGUUUCAGUGAUUCAAGAUUCAAGACUUCAGAUUCUACAGUGAAGAUCAGCGCAAAAACACAUUCUUUCAUACACAAAAAAUGAGAUCCUUUGAGAAUGUAUAAGAUUGUAUAUAAACACACUUAUCCAUAAAUCAAUCAAAUACAGUCAAAACAAUCUCUGUUCCAGUAAUUUCCUAUUAUCACUGUAAAGCUGCUUUGAAACAAUCUUUAUUGUAAAAAAGUGCUAUAUAAAUGAAGGUGACUAAA